UCCGCCUCCUCCCGCAGUGGCCAGCGCACUCUGAAGCUGUCUAGAGAAGUGUGCACUGUUCGUCUUUCCGGCGCCUCUAUCCCAGCAUCAUACCUUUCCUCAUAAAGCAAUCAAAAUGCGUGAAUGUAUCUCAGUACACGUGGGUCAGGCUGGAGUCCAGAUGGGCAAUGCAUGCUGGGAACUCUACUGUCUGGAGCACGGGAUCCAGCCUGAUGGUCAGAUGCCCAGUGACAAGACCAUUGGAGGAGGAGACGACUCCUUCAACACCUUCUUCAGUGAGACUGGAGCUGGCAAGCAUGUCCCCAGGGCUGUGUUUGUGGAUCUGGAGCCCACUGUCAUUGAUGAGGUGCGCACAGGAACUUACCGCCAACUCUUCCAUCCUGAGCAGUUGAUCACUGGGAAGGAGGAUGCAGCCAACAACUACGCCCGUGGUCAUUACACCAUCGGCAAAGAGAUCAUAGACAUGGUUCUGGACAGGACUCGCAAACUGGCUGACCAGUGCACUGGCCUCCAGGGCUUCCUGGUCUUCCACAGCUUUGGAGGUGGCACCGGUUCCGGUUUCACCUCCCUGUUAAUGGAACGCCUGUCUGUUGACUAUGGCAAGAAGUCCAAGCUUGAGUUCUCCAUCUACCCAGCUCCCCAGGUAUCCACAGCUGUUGUUGAGCCCUACAACGCCAUCCUGACCACCCACACCACCCUGGAACAUUCAGACUGUGCUUUCAUGGUAGACAAUGAGGCUAUCUAUGACAUCUGCCGUAGGAACCUUGAUAUUGAGCGUCCGUCCUACACUAAUCUUAACAGGUUGAUUGGCCAGAUUGUGUCCUCCAUCACUGCUUCCCUCCGAUUCGAUGGUGCCCUCAAUGUUGAUCUGACAGAGUUCCAGACCAACUUGGUGCCCUAUCCCCGUAUCCACUUCCCCUUGGCCACCUAUGCCCCAGUGAUCUCAGCAGAGAGGGCUUACCAUGAGCAACUCUCUGUGUCUGAGAUCACCAAUGCUUGCUUUGAGCCAUGUAAUCAGAUGGUAAAAUGUGACCCACGUCACGGCAAGUACAUGGCCUGCUGUCUGCUGUAUCGUGGUGACGUUGUACCCAAAGACGUUAACGCUGCCAUUGCCACCAUCAAAACAAAACGCUCCAUCCAGUUUGUAGACUGGUGCCCAACUGGUUUCAAGGUUGGUAUCAACUACCAGCCCCCCACUGUGGUACCUGGUGGAGAUCUGGCCAAGGUCCAGAGGGCAGUGUGCAUGCUUAGCAACACCACUGCUAUUGCAGAGGCCUGGGCCCGCCUUGACCACAAGUUUGACCUGAUGUAUGCCAAGCGUGCUUUCGUGCAUUGGUACGUAGGUGAGGGUAUGGAGGAGGGAGAGUUCUCUGAGGCCAGGGAAGACAUGGCUGCCCUGGAGAAAGAUUAUGAGGAAGUGGGUGUCGACUCCAUUGAGGGAGAGGGAGAGGAGGAGGGAGAGGAGUAUUAAAUACCCUGCCAAAUUCAUACAUUCCUAUGUGACCCAGAGCUGAGAAUUACUGAAUUGUUUCCACUACACUUUUUGAAAAAGGGUUCAAAAAGGGUUCUUCGACCGUCCCCAUAGGAUAACCCUUUUUGCUUCCAGGUGAAUCAUUUUUGGUUCCAGGUAAAAAAAAUGUUUGAGUUCCAAAAGGGUUCAACCGUGAACCAAAAAGAGUUCUUCAAAGGGUUCUCUAACAGGGACAGCCAAAGAACCCUUUUAGGUUCUAGAUAUAACCUUUUUUUCUAAGAGUGUAUGAUUCUGUCUUGAACAACCAAUAUAAUGAAGUAGCAGGAUGGUAAGGUGUAGUCUACAAGUCUUAAAAUAUGCUCACUCACAAAGGCUGAUGUCCUUGCUUAAUCUGUGCUUUUGUAGCGAGAUCCUAAUAAAAUGAUCAUCAAUAAAGAA